AUGUCAUCCAUCAGUAGUGAAGACUCUCGUGGGAGUGGCAAAGUUGUCAAGAGUAAUGUCGAGGAAAGUACUCGUCAGUUGGACUUUGAUGAGGAAUCGCUUUCAUCUAGCGAGUACCACAUAUUCAAGGAUGCUGAGAAUGUCAAAUUUUACACCAAUAUUUAUGAAAAGGCCCAGUAUGAGUGUCGUCAUCUGUUUGAUCCCAUCUUCACAUGGACUCCUGAAGAGGAGCGCAAAGUUAUUUGGAAAUGUGACUGGAGAGUUACCUUUUGGGCAUAUAUCAUGUUCACCGCUUUGGACUUUGACAGAGCCAACAUAGCUCAAGCACUAAGUGACAACAUUCUUGAUGAUUUAGGCUUGACAACAAAUGACUACAACGUUGCAAGAACUAUCAAUCUGGUUUGUUUCUUAGGUGCUGAGUUACCAUCCCAGUUGAUUUCAAAGAAGAUCGGUGCUGAUUUAUGGAUUCCAACCCAGCUUUGUCUAUGGAGUGUGGUUUCUGUUUCUCAAGUUGCUAUCACAAACAAAGCUGGGUUCUACAUUACAAGAGGCCUCAUUGGUCUUUUCCAAGGUGGGUUCAUUUGUGACACAUGUCUAUGGAUGUCAUAUUUCUACAAGAACAGUGAGAUGCCAUUGAGACUUUCUUUGUUUUACAUUGCCAAUCCUUUGACUAGUAUUUUGAGUGCUUUAUUGGGAUUUGCUCUUAUCAGAAUCCAGACCAAUGUUUUCCCUCACGGUUGGCAAUGGGUUUUUCUCGUAGAAGGUGUUUUCACUUUCUUAAUCGGUGUCUUCAGUUAUUUUAUGAUGCCUGCUUCAGCAGCCCAAACUAAAACAUGGUACAGAAAGAAUGGAUGGUUCACGGAUCGUGAGGAGAAGAUUGUGGUUAACCGUGUUUUAAGGGACGAUCCUACAAAAGGUGAUAUGAAUAAUAGAGAGCCCGUUAGUUUGAAGGAGUUGGCGAUGUCCUUCACGGAUUUUGAUUUAUUACCAAUCUACAUCGUCAGAUUCCUUGGUGAUAUGAUGACCAGUCCUGUAUCGAAUUAUUUGACACUUACAUUGCGUCAACUCGGAUUCUCUAAGUUCAACACCAAUCUUUUAACUAUCCCUGCAAACGUUUUAGCCAUCAUAACUAUGGUCACCACUGGUUGGUUGAGUGAAAAAUUGAAAACUCGUGCUUUGAUUCUUGCUUUCACAGGAGUUUGGUGCAUGUCGUGUUUGGUUCCUCUUAGAUUUUGGCCUGGUACUCAAGUCGAUGUAUGGCCAACUUAUGUCAUUUUGACUAUCCUGUUGGGCCAUGCCCCUUUCUGGCCGAUUUCUAUCUCGUGGUGCUCUUCGAACUCAAACUCUGUGCGUGCUAGAGCUGUUAGUGCAGCUAUUGUGAACAUGUUUUCACAGGCUGCAAGUAUUGUGGGAUCAAACAUUUACAGAGCUGACGACAAACCAUUGUACCACAGGGGUAAUAGCUGGCUUGUUGGAAUCAGUGUCGCUGCAAUAAUUGCGUGUUUUGCAGCUAGACAAUACUAUAUCAUUAGAAAUCGCCAGAAGGCUCGCAAAUGGAAUGCAAUGUCCCCAGAAGAACAACAAGAUUAUCGUGAAAACACAACAGAUGUGGGAAACAGAAGACUCGACUUCCAAUUUGUAUACUAA